GCCGUCAAGUUCCGUUUCCAGUUUAAUUACAAUUCAGCAAUAGUUAUACCAUAUGUAAAACUGAGAAAAUCUUAAGUUAAAAACGUCCUAAGCUUUCUUAGUUCUCCACGAUCUAUUAAUUACGUGUUUGAAGCCGGAUCUUAAGAUACAUGGAAUAGUUGUUUUUUUCGGGUCUCGGGAGUAGGAAUGAAAUUGGGUCGUCUCUGCUAUUAGACAUUUCAGGCGUAAGUUUUCGACAAAGGGAUUCCCUUCUACUAGCAAAAGAAGUACCUCUAGCCAAUGAGAGGGCUUGACUCUGCUCCCACACAACAGCAAUAUCCGGCUAUAGUUGAAAUGCACUGAUGAGUGAAGGAAAAAGCGCGAACGGAAGUACAAAGUGCAAGAUCAGAGUAAAUAUGUAUAAUCUCGAUUUUUCGUACCUGCAUAUACUAUUCACGGUUUUUAACACUCUUCACAAGACAUCUAACACGCUAACACGCUUAGUAAAACUGCGUUGUAGCUAAGAGAUAUCGUACAUCUUUCAGCGAAAGCCCCUCUAGAUUAAGAGCAUAUCCUGUAGGGUGGAGUUAGGUUUUCGGUCAUUCAGCUCUGAGAGGGGAUCUCUGUUUCACCCUGUUAUGACACUCUUCCCGUGGUAUGUUUUGUUCUGGUUAAAUCAUUUUAACAUAAUCCAACCGAUUUAUUAUUAUAUGAAUUUCAAUUCUAACAUGGGGUGACGCUCCGUUACAGCAGUUUAAUGGGUCGUCAGGCAACGUUUACUCUGCGAGACAGUGAUUCUUUCUCUUUCUGCUCGGUGGAAGACGAGAGACAGAGAAGAGAAUCUCUGUCUCGGAGGCUAGGCAACGUUUCUCUCUACCGAGAGAGGUAGAAUGGUGUCACACCCCACCCCCAUCCCCCCACGGGAAAGAAGCUCACGCGAGAUGUAAAAAAUUGAUUGAUAACUUGAUGCGUCUGUCUUAAACCAAAACUCCUUUUAAGUCUACAAGAAUUUGUUCUUUCGUGAUUGAAUCCAACCGCAACUGAAGGCACUAACCUUUAAACUCAGCUAACUCCUCAGUCUCACUGUGGACUUCGGUAUAUGAGCGAGGGUCUGAUUAAAUAUUGUCUAUACUUCUGUAAAUUACGAUGACAACCGGAAGUUGAACCUCGCUGAAACGGAAGCGGAUGAACGAAAGGCGGAGCCCAUAUAUGGAAUGACCUUUGCAUAAAUUAUCAUAUAAUGUUCGUAAACAUGGCUGAAACAGCGGAAGAAUGUCCAACUUCAUCAGAAAAUGAGACUUCAGGCUUGUCAGGUUCCAUUGAAUCCAUAGACUUCUCCUGUAUCCAUUGGGGAUACCUGAACUGCAUGUGCUUGAAUGAUCUGAAGAAAAUAAAGGACAACGUGUGGCAAACAUAUUGGGUUGACUUGUGUGGGUCGACACUCAGACUCUACAGGGACUUGUCUCUACCUGGAAAUUCAGGUGAACAUCUACCCCCUUCAAGUCUCGUUGGACCUACAAAUGAGAAUGAAAAGAAAGAAGCUUUCAUCAUCUUAAAAAAAGGCACAGAAGUAUCAAUUGUGGAACCUGGAUCUGAGCCGUACAAGUCUCGGAAAACGAGAUUCAGUGUGAACAGAAAACACGUAUUCAGAGUUUCCUUUGCUAGCCGAGGAACAAAUUCACCAUCUUACCUGUUUCAGGCCCCCUCUGUAGGCAGCAUGUAUCGAUGGAUUAGUAAAAUUGAAGAGGGUGUUGACAUGGCCGACAAACCGCAGAAUGAAUCUGCAACAGAGAAAAGAUUAAAAGAAGCGAAGUUGCUUUCUAUGGAGCAACGAAGACUACACAUUGCUCCCAAACAGAGGUACCUUGAUAAAGAUGAUAUUGACUCCGGAAUGGAAGGUGAUGUAGAAGAAGCUUACGAGAUCACCAAACAAAAUGCUGAAAAUCCUCAUGUGGAUAUCUUAAAGAAACGACUGCAAGACAUGCAAGACCUCGUUCAACAGUUGGAGAUGGAGGAGGAAGCGUUCUUAGGCACAAAGGAUGCGAACUUGGUGAGACGGUGUGAGUUCCAGUCAACAACGAACAAAGACUACUGUCUCGUUCCCGGUUACCCUCGGACACUAAUCCCUAAAGGAACUGAACUAACAAUACUUGGACAAUUUUCAAACAAUCGCUGGAGAUGCUACGUUGAACGUCCGAGAAAAACAUCGACGAGACUCACAAACGGACAGCAUUCAGGAUCCUCCUCUGAAGUUGGGAGUAUUUCAUCGUUUGAUACAACGGAAGAUGAAAGCCGUACGGAUAAUGAUAUUCUAAUCGGAAGUGUUCCCAACAGUUUACUCGUGGAGUUAAGCAAUCUUGCUGCUUCAAAACUCAAAUUCGAAGACGGAACACCCGUAGCUUCCCCUGGGGAUACCCCACAAUUAUCCCCUCUUCCCACACCCCCGCUGUCCCCGUAUUCUCCCCAUAAAAACGAGCGGGAUUUACUUCCGAAUGAACGAAGUUCUUUACGACGAUCGAUAGCGAGUGAAAAUCUAAGUGAGCAGGACAUCUGGGAACAAUUUUGCAUUCCCUCCCCUCCCUCGUCGCCCGUGACGUCACGAUCAACCUCCCCCUCCCUUUCCUUGUCGUGUUCCUUAGGGGGAUCGUUAGAAGAUCUCGAUGUGGAGAGUACAGUAAGUAAUGAGAAUGCAAGACCCGAGGAAAGUGAAAAUUAUCCUGAAGUUGCUCUUAGACAGAGGAAAGAUGGAGGGACAAACGAACUGAAUUUCAGAAGUCAUAGAGAAGCUAUUCUAAUGGACGAUGACAUACCAGAGACUUACAUAGGAAGCGAGUCAGAGGAUGAUAGAAUGGUUACGGUUAUUGACGAAGUUCCGCCUCAUGAAACGUUGGAAUUCGAGAACUUUGAACAAGAACCGGUGAAAAUGCGAGUCAAGAAGAAGCACUCAAAACGAGAUGCUGACAGUGAAUCACUUGGCGGGCUGCAACCAAAUUACGCUUUUUUGAUAACAAAGAAGUUACGGCAGCGAGGAAUUAGCCUAAUUGUGGGUUCAUCUAGUUCAGAAGAUGAAGGCGAUGACGAUAAUGGUCAUCCUACAAAAUUAACGCGAAGGCGGUUGGACGCUGAAUUCGCGCAGCUCGAAGGAGAGGGAACAGAACAGGGUAUUCGGCCGUACUCUGCAUUCGCGCCAACGAUAAGAGCGGGAAUCAGCUUGAGAACAGGGGUUCAAAAUUUUGCCCCUCGCAAGUCCACGAAGGACGAGCUUCUUCGAGACUACUCGUCACCUCUCGAGAAACCACCGAUAAUUCGCUCGAACACGUGCACCACAAUAGAGACGCUAGGAGACUGGAGCUCAACAGAGAACGCACCGCCCAUUAAUCAACGCCGAACACUUCAAUUAAGUAAAGACCAAGCAGCUGGAUUCGGUUUCACCCUGCAGACCUAUGGGAUCGUUCAACAGGAAGGCCAGGUGGAGUACAUGACUUUUGUUCUAAGCGUAGAGGAAGACGGGCCUGGCUACAUGGCAGGACUAAGGCCAGGAGAUAUUAUUCUGGAGGUUGACGGCACGAACGUUGAAGAGGAGGAUCAUAAAUCGGUGGUCACGAGGAUUCAUGAGGCUUCUGUAGCGGUCAGACUUGUCGUAGUGUUUGUAGACGCGCUUCGAAAAAUGAAGUUGAACACCAGGUUAAAGCUGCUUCAGGCUGAGCUUGCAGACAAAGAACAUCUAUUUGAAGAGUUAUCCAAGACAGAAGAGGAUAUAAUGAAAGGAAAAGGAGUUGAUUCUUUUGACGUCUCUUUACUGGACCUACCACGUGAUAGAACUAGUUCUUACCUCUACACAACAGAAUUAACAAGCUCGUUCAGUAAAAAAUCUCCAAAUGUUCAUGACAGUCUCUUCCAAUACCGCCAACCAGUGCAGGAUAAGGGUGAUCGACGUAGGUCUCUGCCUGAUCAAGCGGAGCUUGGCAAACAAGGAAUCUCUUUGACCACGGGUUCUGAAAUUUUACAGAAGUUCUCCUCGCCAGACUUGAGCGCUCAGCGUUCCAAACCGAGCAACAAGCUGUUGAAAAGUUUCCGAAAGAAAAAACCGUCCGAAGAAAGCUCCAAGUUUUACGUUGAAAUUGACUUGGAUGAUCGCAACUCGGGCAGAGACGAAGAAACCGGAAGUGAGUAUUCGGCUUCCAGUGUAUUCGAGCCAGCGAUAACCGCCGCUGAACCGACAUCAGCGACGAGAACGACGCUCGAACCCAAGACAUUACAACGAGAAGCUCCGACAACAAACAACAGGAAAUCUUUUAAUGGAAAGCCAAAUUCUCUUUUACGUGGUGACGAGCAGGACAAUUCCAAUACUCUUCGGGGGUCUUCGGAAAAUCCCGGUUUAACGAAUGGCAGCCGAGUUGCCCCGGGAGUCGCCGAGACUAGGAGACGUUUAGAAGAAUCGUCCUCAUCGAAAUCACUGCCCCUAAAAUAUCCGAAACCGGUAAAGGAUCAAUCUCGCGGAAGCACUUUAGAUUCUAAUGCUCUUCACAGGCCUGAUUUACAAAACGCUCGCAUGUCGCCCCGACCAGCAUCUUAUUUGAAAGCUAUGGAUUCAGCCGGAGAUAAACCUCUUAUUCCAAAAGAAAGGAAAAAAUGACUUGAAGUGGAAUGUAGAGUAGCAGAUUCUUGCUAAGCGCGAUGACGACGUAGCUGCCGUAACAGCGUUUGGAACGCUCGUCACAUACGUGUUUGGAGAACAUGAGUCGGAAUCUCUUCGGGAAUAGUCCGAAUAUUUACGAUAAUUUACCGAAUGCGACUACGGGAUCUACCUUUUGGUCUACUGGAAGAGCGAGCUCUUUAGAAGGGCUAGUUGUUAUACAAAUACCCUCCGGAAUUUUCGAGGUCGCUGCACCCGUAGUUGGGUGAACUGUGCUCGAGUUGUACCGGAAGAAUUGUUAUCUAAUUUUAUAGUAAAUGAAAGUUCCAAAGUUUUGUACGUCGAAUGGUACAAAUUUGUAAUAAUGAAUUUCAAAGAACUUGUGAGCAAUGAAAAUGCGAUGAAAUAGAACAACGGUGAGGCAAAUAAUUAAUAGAAAAUAUAGAAUUACCUGAAAUACAUAUCAGAAUAAAAAUUAUCCAAACAGGA